CAACUUUGCGCUCGGAUGAGCUUGUUUGCAUGGCUCCGAGAGAUAGGCCUCCGGCUUCUCUCUACGCUUGGACUCUACAACAAGAAGGGCACGGUUGUUCUACUGGGGCUGGACAACUCGGGCAAGUCCACGCUUCUGCACAGGCUAUCCCAGGGACAAGUGACAGCAUUGCAGCCGACAGAGAGACCACAUAUAGACGAGUUUCAGCUAGGGGGCGUAUCUUUCAAGGCGUGGGACCUGGGGGGACACGAGGCGGUGCGCUAUCUGUGGUUCGAUUUCCUGAGCGAUAGCCACGCCAUUGUCUUCAUGGUGGACAGCGCGGACGGGGAGCGGUUGGAAGAGGCGCACUGGGAGCUGUCGGAGAUGUUGAGCGAUGCGAACUUGGAUGGCGUCCCAGUGGCGGUCUUGUACAACAAGAGCGAUUUGCCGGACGCGUGGCCGGCAGAGAAGCUCGAGGGGAUGUUGGACUUGGCGCGAUUGGAAGCCAGGAGACCAAUCAAGACGUUCGUGACGUCCGUGCUGAAAGGAGAAGGCUAUCCAGACGCGUUCCGAUGGCUGGGAACUCACUUGUAAAACAUUUCCCGAGACCAUCGGAUAAGUAUUCCUGUUCUCCGUGGAACUGAUGAAACUGACGCCGUCUUGCUAGACACGUCGUUGUCAGUUUGGGUACAUACAAGCAUGCAUAGUUUAGGUGAUCGCUUGGGAACAGGUCUGGCCGUCAAACCCUGCCGCCGCCGGCGCUUCGGGCGGGAGGUAGCGCAGAAGUAGCGGUGGCCGCAGCGG